AUGCUUAAUUACAUUAAUCUAAAUUAUAUUGAAGGUUAAAUUAUAAAUACUCGAAGCGAUAUUCUUCUUAAUUACCUUGGUAAGUCAUCUCAUUUUGACAUUUGCUCAAUAAUAAUAUGGAUUAUGAUAAGUUUUGGUGCAAUCGAAUAAGUUAGCAUUAUUCAAAUGCUUGCAAUACUCCUUGUGAUCAUCAUUUUUGCUCGGAUCUUCAGAGUGUAUGAUUACCUCGUUGAAUAACUAUAUUAAAAAGGAUUUGGUGGCUACGCUUUUGAUCUUUUAACAUUAGUAAUAAGUAUAUUUUUCUUCGCUCAUAUAAUGGCUUGUUUAUGGCUGAUGGUCGGAUUGAAUUCAAGUGGGGAAAAAAUGAAUUGGAUCAGAGAUAAUGAUCUGGAAAAUGAAUCCAUUUGGACCCAGUAUAAUCAUGCAUUCUAUUGGGCGACAAUGACAAUGGUUACUGUAGGAUACGGAGACAUUACGCCGAAGAAUAACUAUGAGAUGACAUUUGCUAAUGUAGCAAUGUUUUUUUCAAGUUGUGUAUUCGCUUAUUCAAUGAAUGCUAUAGGUAUUUUACUGAAGGGUAAUAAAUUUGAAUAUUAAAGAAAAUCGGUUGUAAUUAUGAAUUAGUAUAUGAAAUCUAAUAAUGUUGAGGAUUAGAUUCAGAACAAAGUAAGAAACAAUCUAAAAUAUUUAAUAUAUAGUUAAGAUGGUGAUAAUAAUGAUGCAAACAAAUUGGUUAAUAAAUUAUCCUUAGGACUGUAAUAAGAAUUGCAGGCAGAUAUACUAGGAAAGAUAAUCAAAAACAUCAAAGUAUUGUCUUGCAAUUUCAGUAAAUAAAUUUUACAAGAAAUUCAAGGAUUAGUAAAGAUAGUUUAAUUUUCACCGGGGGAAUUCAUUUAAAAAGGGGAAAACGUCUUAAAUGAUGAUGAUCUAUUUUUGUAAGAAUUAUAUAGGAAUGUGAACUUCAUUUCAAAUACCACAAAUUCCUUGAUUUAUAAAUUAGGGCCAGGAGACACAUUUAAUUAGUAUGAAUUUUUUACUGGUUUUGGUGAUAAGAAAAUAGAUAUCAUAAGUGAUGACUUUUGCUAAUUAGUUAAAUUAAAUAAAGCAUAGUUUAUAAAAUUAAUAUUGGAAUCAAAAAAGGAUUGGGAAAUAUACCAUUCGAUUAAAGACAAUGCUGCAAAUAACAAUGAUUUGAUUGAUUUAAAUUACAAAUGCUAAUUUUGUCAGAGGAGUACGCAUUUAAGACAAAAUUGUCCUCUUCUCUCUUAUUAACCUAAUAUUUAGCAUAAGUUGAAGAAGCAAUAAUAGUUAAGACAAAAGUAACAUCGAUCUUAGUUAAGUAGAAAUUGUGUAAAAUUGAAUAGCAGAAUGAUUUUAGAGGAAGUGAAAAUGACUAUUUAAUAAUAUAUGAUGAAUAAUAUUACUGAUUUUACUGAAAAUCUUUCAAGGAAAGAAUCAAAGGUAAAUGAAUAAGAUGAUGAUUAACAAUUCAAAAAGAUAGAGUUAAUUUCUAGCACUCCUAAUUAUAAUAGAAAUACUCCAGCUAAAAAAACCACUAUUAUCUAGAAUCUGGGUAGUUAAAAUUAUAUUCGAAGUAAGUUUUAAGCAGGAACUCCAUUAAGAGCAAAUAAUCAACUGAAAUUUAAUAAAGAAACAUCUCAUUAAAAUUCAACAAAUUAAUCAUAACCAAUUUUAUCUCAAACUAAUGUACAACCAACCCUUUCAUUUAAAAUGCUUGAUCAUGUUUUCGAUUCAAUGAAGUUUACUUAUAUUAACAUUGAUAAAAUGCAAAAUUAUAUUAAUUAUCUACCUCAUAACAAUUUCAGACGGAUUUUGAUUUAAAUGGAUACCCAAAAUCAGUAGAUCAGAGAUAAUGCAAAAGGACAAAUCAAAGGGGAUAAAUCUUUUGGAUUUACUGCGAAAUUAAGAAGCCAAAAGUAGAAAAACAAUGCUUCAAGAUAAAGUUAAUUUAAUAUAAAACUUUGA